GUAUUUAAUCCAUAUUUUGGGACGGAGGAAUUACUACAUUACCGCCGACUAUUAAAUCCCUCUAAUACAUAAAAAAAAAAAAAAAAAGUGGUGGGGGUUCGCGUGAAUGACACGCGUGGUAUAGUGAGAAGAUAAUAAUGAUGAUUAUUCGUUUGGAUGGUGAUGUUAUGCGGUGAAGGUGGUGGUGGUGGUGGACUAGGGAAGUACUAGUAACUAGUAAGUAAGUAUAACUACUUACAUACAGUACAUACAUUCAAUCGCGGACCAUUGCUCAUCGCAGAUUCAAAUUGGAUGCUGCUGCUGCUGCAACACCUUCAUCUCUCUCACUCUAACGUUUUCAAGAUCUCUCUCUCUCUCUUUGAAAUACUACUAAUCCGCAAAACUCGUUUUCAGAUCUCAACCGUCAUUACUUCAAAAUCACAGCUUCGAGUUCCUUUGUUUGUUUUUCAUCUCUGAUUUUGGAAAUGGAGGAUGCAAUUGAUGCUGCUGCAUCUUUGGAUUAUGCUUCAAUUCAGAUUUUUCCUAAUCAAAACAGGUAUGAGGCAUAUGUCUGCAACGGGAAUCAAUCUGAGAAAGUGGCAGCUGGCAAUUUGGAACAUCUACUGCCACAUUUACCUGAAAUAAAUGAUUUGAAUGCUAAAGGAUUUCAUGCAAACUUUGAUCUUAAAUUACCAAAACAUCUGCAUGGUGCUGAAUGGUUUUCAAAACCAACUGUAAAAAGGUUCCUGCAUAUUGUUAGUUCACCAGAUUCAAUAAAUGUCAUCAAGACUAUCAUGGAUGAGAUGGCUCAAUUGGAGGAUACAAAAAAAUUCCAUGUUUCUUUAUACGGGAAGCCUGAAGUUAGCACCGUGUCAUCUGAUGCUUCAAAGAAUGAAUUGUUACGAGCAAUGGAUCUAAGACUCACAGCGUUGAGAAACAAGUUAGCUGAAACAUUUAACAAGGCUGCAGAUGCUAAAUGCUCCCCUAAAGAUAUGACUUAUUUAGUGAAAUUCUCCCAACAUUUUGGUGCCACUGAUUUAGAGCAUUCUUUAUACAAGUUUAUAGAACUGAACCGAGGGAGCCUGGAUGCUGGUCCCCUGAACAACGAAACUACCAUGCUUACAUGUGAUGUAACUCAUGUGUUGGACAAUGAUGCAAGCAGGGCAUUUAAAGACCUGCAGAUAUCCAAACCUUUAACUUCAGAUGCACCAGUUAAGUACGGUGUUUCACCAGCUAAAGCUGCUCAAAUUGAGAGACAAAGUUCAACAGGAAGCGAGGAAUCUUCAGACUCAAGUGACGAGGACCAACCAUCUGCCGAGAGAAGUCGUUCCCUAGUAAGAUCUGUAACACCCAGAAGGUCAGCAUCCCCGAUGCGAAGGGUACAAAUAGGAAAAGCUGGGCCCCGCAGAGCUGCUGCAUUAACUAUUAAGAGUCUCAAUUUUUUUCCUGCUAGAUCUUAUAGAGAUGGUGCUGAAAAUGGUUGUGAAGGGGAAGGAUCAGAACAACGUUAUAAGAAGACAGAAAUUGAUGUAAGGAGGAUAACUGUGCAAGAUGCCAUCAGUCUUUUUGAAAGCAAACAGCGGGAUCAAUCUGAAGAUAUUCAAAAGAGGAAAUCAUCAACAGAUGUGUCUCUUAGUACAAAUAAAUCUGUCUUGAGAAGAUGGAGUUCAGGUAUGGGGGAAACCUCUGUUCAAGGCCUGGCAGAUCCUGUUCCUGAUGAUCCUGUUCCAGUGACUUCAAACGAUGCAAUACAUGAUGAGAAUCCUAAGAAUUCUGAAGUAGAAAUUGUGUCUGAUUUUAUUUCUGAAAGUCAGAAUAACGAUGAGAUCCCUGACUGCAAUGUAAAACCAGAAAGACAGGAAAACAUAGAUUCUUAUACUGUAGAUAAUAAAGAAGAAACUGGUCCAAAAGCAAGAGAGGAAACUAUCAAAAAGUUAGCAGCGUCAGCAGAAUGGAAUCAACGAAAGCAAGCAGAGUUCAACCAGAUUCUUAAAAAAAUGAUUGAAAGUAAGCCUGUUAUACAUGGAAAGUCCCAGCCGAGUAAAAAACAGAAUAUUUCAUCUGAGCAGAGAGGGCAGUCUUAUGAUCAUUAUAAGGAGAAAAGGGAUGCGAAACUCCGAGCAGAGAAGGUUGGAAAGCGAGUAGAAAAAGCACAAAUUCACGGAAUGCAACAAUUAGUUGAUAAGAAGGCUGAAAUGUCCAAAAAUGUGAGUGCAAGUAAAAAAAAUUCUACAAGGUUACCUCAAAAACCUCUUGGAAAUUCACCUCAGCCUGCAAGUUCCCCAAAGGAAACCCCUAAACCCACAGUUGCAAAAAAAGCAUCAGCUAGAUCAUCAUUGCCUGCUACUCGUAAGUCUUGGUCAGCAACACCUUCACCCAAGACUGUUGGGACAUCCCCUGCCAAAGGUCGUGGUGGGACUUCAUCUGCUAGCAGCACCCCAACGCAUCGGAAGCCAGUGUCAACAGCAUCUGUUCCCCAACCAAGCCCACAAAAGGAAAAAUCUCAGCAGCGAAGCAGAAAUGAGAAAGAAAUUCAGACCCGUAAUGCCAUAAACCUCAAAAGCACGAAUGAGAAGCGGCAGACAGGUGUCCCAAACAAGAGCAAUGCAAUCAAAUCAAAAGUGACACCAAAUUCUGGAGAAACUGUUCCUUCAAAGACCACCUUAGGAAACAAGGGGACCAAGAAAAGCAGUGUAGUUCCAUUGGAAUCCAAACCAUUUCUACGCAAGGGUUCCCGAAUGGGGAAUGGUACCAGUGAUCCUAACAAGAAAAAAACUCCUCCUAAGUUGGACAAAUCUCACAGAGAUGCUGAAGAUCGUAUAGAAGAUCAAGAAAGUGAGUUGGUUGUCAAUGCUUCUGACUCGGCCAGUCGGCAUUCAGACGGGGAGACUAUGACACCUAAUCAUCAUAAUACUGCUACAGAAUCAGGCCCUCAGAAUCAGAUAGAUAACCAUUUGCUUUGUGGUGAGACAGAAAAUUUAGACCGGGAUUCUGGUGCUGUAGAUGUCUUGACAUAUAUAGAAGAAUCUUCUUUGAACGUAAGGAAUGAAGAAGAAUCAACCAUAUCACCUUCAGCCUGGGUAGAGACAGAAGAGGAUCUUGAGCUACCAAAGCCAUGCGAGGAUAGCACUUUUCAGUUUAAACCCGCAUCUCUGGCCAAUGCUGCACCAGCAGGAUCAACUAGUCCACGUGUUCGCCAUUCUCUAUCACAGAUGCUUCAAGAAGAAAUUAGCGAACCUGACAUUUGUGAGUGGGGAAAUGCUGAGAAUCCUCCUACCAUGCUAUACCAAAAAGACGCACCCAAAGGUUUUAAAAGACUCCUGAAAUUUGCUCGGAAGAGCAAAGGCGAUACAGGUUCUACAGGUUAUUCUAGUCCUUCUGUUUUUUCUGAAGGAGAAGAUGAUGCCGAGGAGCUUAAAAAUUCUAAUAAAAGGAAUGCCGACAAUCUACUGAGAAAGGCUGCACUCAACGCGAAAAGCUAUGGACAACCAAAAAGUUCAGUACAUGAAGGAUAUGACUAUUUAGCAAGAGAUGAUGGCAAGGGUUCCCACAAGAUGCAAGGCGGCCGUGAUUCAGGUGCUGGUACAGCCACAAGAGGAUCAAGGUCGUUCUUUUCUCUUUCAGCUUUUAGGGGGACCAAGCCCUGAGUCAAAGAUUCAUUAUUUUUCGACUAUGCUAUCAUCCUGGGAACAUGUCCAUUUCAUUAGUAUGGAGUUCUCCCUUAUUCUCUUGCAGCAACGAUUGCUAGAUCAGUAAUUAUUCCGAAAGAUUAGUGAUAGUUUUCAAAUGUAGUGGGGUUGGUGGAAUGGAAUGUUGUAAAUUCAUUAAAUUGUGUCAAGUUAUUCUA